AUGAGAUAACUCUUUAUUGCAUUGUUAACAGCCUUUCAAAUAAUACUUCAAAUAAUACUCCUAUCCAUCAGGAUAGAUUGUGUCCAAAGUUACCAGAAAAAGAGUACUCAGUGUAUGUGGUUGUCGGAGGGAGAAUCUUAGAUCCAAGUAUUGACAUCGGAACAUAGAAAACGAACACAUCAUAAUCUAGAUCAAAUAACUGUUACAUGCACUUGUCUGUGCGAAGAUUCCGAUUCUUUUCUGCACAAUGGGGCAGAGCUGUCCCCUGGUACCGCAUGUACGCAGCUCAGCCGCCCACUGACACAGAUAACACCUGUCCAUCCAGGUUGCCCUGGACGCCCAUACGUGACGCCAUACGAUUGAUGUUACCAACCAACAACGCUUCCGUGACCCAGAGGUUACAAAGCAACCCGAGCCGUACGUACAAGAUCGAAUAGCGCGUAAGGAUCGUGCCACUCGUCCAUUCUCUCCGUUUACUCCGCAGUGUUUACCCUUACGGCCAGGUAAACACUCGACGCCCACUCCAGCCCUCCGCACUCCGUAAUUUGCGACAUAGGAUCUCGGUAAAGAGGGCAGCGUAGCGUCCCCAACCGACUAAUCGCGUCCGGCUCUUGUAACUAAAAACAGAACUCGAGGCGGAGGGAAACAAGUCGAUUGCCCGGCUCUUCAUGGGAAACGCCGCGUAAAGUCAGCGGAUCUUACGUUACCGGGUACACACAAAAGGUGAUUGUCGACGACACAGAGGAUUUCUCCCUAAGAGAGGCGUGUCAGGACUGAAGUAUAACGCCACCUCGCCUGGACAAGACACCAUACACCGAGGGUCGUCAUCAAAGCACACCUUAAUGAGGAGUUUACUAAACACGUGAAGAACGUUACCGAGGCGGUAGCCAUUAACGAUCGCGACGUGAAGGACGGGAGAUCGCGUCUGGGGUUACUCCGUCAGAGGACCGCAGCCACUCCGGCGCUGGGCUGAGGGGGAGGAACCGCAUUCCUGAGGGGGCAGAACGUAUUGUUGUCUCUGGCUGCAUUUGUUCACUGCUGAAAGGCAGCCACGUCCCUGUUCAAAUCAGCGGAGAGAAUACAACAUAUAUUCCGUGUUAAAAUCACGUGUGACACUGAAGACUACCAACCGAGAUGGGUAGCAUUUUGAUGGCCAACCACAUAAACCACAACCACGUCAACUCGACCCCUCUGCCGACCCCGACCCUGAGCGUCCCGCCCGGUCUUCAGCUGACGACGCCGACCCUCAGCACCCGGUCCCGACACUCCUUUUCCCUCCGUGACAACGGCCUGUCCGUGACCGCGUCCCGGGCAGCCCUCCGUGUGGACAGGCAGCUCCACCUUCUAGGUCUGAUCAGCGUUCUCGCAACCUUCAUCGCCGCCAUCGCCGUUCUUCUCAUAUUCCAGCUGAUCCAGAAACAGGAGCAGGCGGCGACGUUGGCAUCUACGGUGUGGGUGUCGCGGGCGGCGUACGACGGGCUCGUCGACGCUGGGCUGGGCGUCGCGACGUUGGUCGCCGUCUUGGACUUGUGUAGCGUCAUUGUGUGCGUGACGCAAUGUUACCUGUCCUCCCGUCUGUCCAGUACACUUCAUGGGGAAGAGAAGGUGUACAAGCUGCUGAAGAAGUCUGUGGGAACGAGAUUCAUCGCCACAGCCUCGUUCUUUGUCAGCAUACCGCUGUUGUUCGUCGCCAUCGGUCUGUUCAUGGUGCUCCAGACCCACUCCUUCCCGUCCAUCCUGGGGAUGUGUAUCCUGGGAGCCGGGCUGCUGUUCGUCGGUUUUGUUGUUGUGAUGAGUUGUUACACAUGGGACAGGGAGACGGGAGCUUCCAAAUACGGCAGCUACACGUUAGACACUGGCGGGAACAAGCGCCUCGACUCUCAGAGCAGCGAACUUUCCACACUGGUAUAACACGUGCUGCUGGACCAGG